UGAUUGAGCAGAGGGACAGUUUGCAUAGUUUGCUGCUUAACAUGCAUCCGCAGAGGCAGUCUUCCCAUCAUACUGUUGUUAAUGUGUCGAACAAGAAUGGUGGUGAAGGUUAUGAACAGGGCAGUUCACGCAUGCCAGAUCAAAUGCGGAAGCAGGAGGAGUUCUUCCCGAUUCCAUUGCCCUUGGUUCGGUUGAAUCCAAGAUCUGAUUGGGCUGAUGAUGAGCGUGAUACAAGUCAUGGAUUUGCAGACCGGUGUAGAGAUCAUGGGUUCCCAAAAAGUGAAGCUUACUGGGAUAGAGAUUUUAGCAUGUCCAGGACCAGUGUUUUACCACACAAACCGGUUCAUAAUCAAUCGGAUAGGUGGGGCCAACGUGACAAUGAUACUGGAAAGGGUUUCUCCAGUGAAGUCCUUGUAGUGGACCCUUACCGUAGAGAUGGAAGAACACCUAAUAGGGAGGGCAGUGAAGGUAACAGGUGGCAGACUUCCCCUCUUCCAAAAGAUGGAUUUAAUGCACAAGGAGAUGUAAAUGGAAGAAAUGGUUUUGGGGAUAAGCCGAUGGCUAACAGCGAUACAAGGAAGGAGAAUAAGCACAUCCCACCAUAUUUUGGAGAUAGCACUCGGAAUGGUGUUUCCACAGGAAACCGGGACUUGGCAUUUGGAAGGAGGGAUAUUGGGCAUGUAACGGAAGCGAGACAUCGAUUGAAUAACACAACGGAAUCAUUUGGCAACCGAGGGUCUGUGCAGAAUACAAGAGACCAAUAUGGUACCAUACAGUCUAGUAAUUCCAGUAUUGAUGCUUACCACAGUAGAGCAGUGGCUAAAUCCUCAUUCUCUUCAAAUGGUAAAGGGUAUCUUAUGAAUGAUCUUAAGUUGAAUUUUGAUCGGGAGAAAGCUUCCUUUUCAAAGAGUGAAAGACCUUAUGUAGAGGACCCUUUCGUGAAAGACUUUGGGUCUACUGAUUUUGGAGAAAAGGACCCCUUUUCUGGGGGACUUGUUGGAGUAAUUAAGAGGAAAAAAGACGUGGUUAAACAGGCGGAUUUCCAUGACCCUAUUAGGGAAUCCUUUGAGGCUGAACUUGAAAGAGUUCAAAAGCUUCAAGAGCUGGAGCGGCAGCGCAUCAUUGAAGAACAAGAAAGAGCUUUGGAGCAAGCCAGGAGAGAAGAAGAGGAGAGACGGCGACUUAUUAGGGAAGAGGAAGAACAAAGGAGAAUGCUGGAAGAGGAAGCCCGAGAAGCUGCAUGGAGGGCAGAACAAGAGCAGCUGGAAUCCAUUCGAAGGGCUGAAGAGCAGAAGAUAGCUAGAGAAGAGGAGAGGAGGAGGACUCUUAUGGAGGAAGAGAGGAGGAAACAGGCUGCUAAUCAAAAGCUUUUAGAAUUGGAGGCUAGGAUUGCGAAGAGGCAAGCUGAAGCAGCAAAGUGUGAUGGUUUGGUUGCUGCUGUUGCAGACGAGAAAGUUUCAGGAGUGCUCAAGGAAAAAGAUGUCUCAAAGGGGGUUAGUCUGGAUAACUGGGAAAAUAGCGAUAUGAUGGUGGAGAGGAUGACAACUUCAGCAUCUUCAGGUUCAUCCAUUCCAAAUAGAACCUUUGAGACUGGUCCCAAGCCCCACCCUUCUAGAGAAGGUUCUUCUAGCUUUCUGGACGGAGGAAAACCUGUUCAUUCGUGGAAAAGGGAUGUGUUUGAGAAUGGAAACAGCUCAUCCAUCCUUGUACAAGACCAGGAUAAUGGUCACUAUAGUCCCAGGCAAGAUGCAUCUGUUUGUGGGAGAGAAUCUGGCGGAAGAGCAUUCUCUAGGAAAGAGUUCUAUGGAGGACCUGGAUACAUGCCUUCCAGAACUUAUUUCAGAGGAGGGAUACGGGAACCUCACAUGGAUGAAUUUGCUCAUCUAAAAGAACAAAGGUGGAAUCCUCCUGGAGAUGGAGAUUCUUUCAGCAAAACCAGGGAAGGUGACUCAGAAUUUUAUGAGAAUCUUGCUGAAAAAUAUGGGAAUGUUGGAUGGGGGCAGGGCCGUUCUCGUAGCUAUCCCCAAUCUCCUUACCCAGAACUGGUCUAUCCAAAUAGUGAGGGAGAUGAGAUAUAUCUCUAUGCGAGGUCACGAUAUUCCAUGAGACAGCCUCGUGUCCUCCCCCCUCCAUCACUAGCUCCUAUGCACAAAAGUUCCUUCAGAGGUGAGAAUGAACGACCAGGUCCCUCAACUUUCAUAGAUAAUGACUUUCAUUACAAUCAUACAGGAAGAAGUGAAUCUACUCUGGAGACAGGGUAUUAUGGUGGUCAUCAGGAAAAACCUGAACCGUCUACCUUUUUUGAUGUCCAACAACAUAAUGUUGGGCUUGAAGAGCAGAAACAAGACAAGGAUACCACACCAAGGUGUGACUCACAGUCUUCACUAUCUGUUUCAAGCCCCCCUAACUCUCCACCUCAUCUAUCUCACGAUGAGUUGGAUGAGUCUGAUGAUUCUCCAGUGGCAUCUGCUACGGAAGAAGGGAAAAAUUUUCCUCCUUUGUCUGGGAACGUAAAUGAUGUUUUGAAUAACAAAUCUGAAUCUGCGAAACAUUCUGCAAUGAUAACAUCAAGUUCCAUCUUUGCUGGUGAGGACGAAGAAUGGCGUCUUGAGAAUAAUGAAGAGUUGCAGGAGCAAGAAUACGUCGAGGACGAUGAUGGUUAUCAGGAAGAAGUGGUUCGAGAAGAAGAUGAUGGUGAUAUUAACCUGACCCAGGAAUUUGAAAAUAUGAAUCUACUUCGGGAAAAAGACUCAUCCCACAUGCUGGACAACUUGGUCUUGGGUUUCGAUGAGGGUGUUGAAGUUGGAAUACCAGGUGAUGAUACUGAAAGAAAUCCAAGGAAUGAAGAAAGUACAUUUGGGACGCCUGAAGUUUCUGGUACGCUUGGAGAAAAACAUGGAUCUGUUGACGGGUUGCAUGGUGAUGAACAGAACCUUCAGCCUGUGGAUGGAUCUAGUCGUGUGGGUGAUGAUGAUUCUUCUAGGAGGAUCCUGGAAAUUGAAGAGGCAAUGCAAGAGUCAAUUCUUCAGCCUAUUAGUGCUCCUCACACCCCAAUUGCAUCAGAUCUUUUAGAUGGUGUUGAUGCUUCAAGUACUUCUGGUCUAUCUUCUCAGCAAGCUGUCCCAUCUACGAUUACUCAGUCUUUCAUGUCUACCAUAUCUUCUGUUCCUAGUCAAGCUGAUUUACCUAAGCUUCAGUUUGGCCUGUUUUCUGGUCCUUCUCUGAUACCUUCUCCUGUUCCUGCCAUACAAAUUGGAUCUAUACAGAUGCCUCUCCACUUGCAUCCCCCGGUUGGUCCAUCCCUUACCCGUAUACACACAUCACAGCCUCCUCUCUUCCAGUUUGGUCAGCUCAGAUAUUCAUCUCCUAUCUCCCAAGGACUACUGCCUAUGGCUCCUCAAUCAAUGUCGUUUUUUCAGUCGAAUGUGCAGGGGCAUUAUAAUCUGCAUCAAAAUUCUGGAACUCUGCCUAUAAGACCCAGUCAAGGCACUACUGCUCUGAGUGUGAUGAAAAAUGAUGUGCAAUCUCUUCCAAUGAAUAACCAGCCUGUUGUCGUUUCAAAGUCGCAGGAUCUGUCACAUGAGAAUGUGUCGAGGGGGUUGAAUUCACUGUCAGCAAGAGAAAAUGCAGAAUGCAAUGCUCUGAUUCCUAAGAGUCAAACUGAAAUUUCCAUUGCUGGUGAUAUCAAGGUCAUGCUAGGAAGAGGUUCCCAAGCUGAAGAUAAACAGCACCAUGAUGCGGCUGUGAAGAUUUACAUGCCAUCAUCCAAGGAGGGAGGGCCUGAAAGCCAAUUGCAAAGUGCAUCAGCAUCAUCUGUGUCCUUACCCCGUGAAAGGGAUUCUAGUGUGUCAAUGGUUCAAGGCCUAUUAUCUGGUAGCAAGGGAAGAAGAUUUGUCCAUUCUCUUAGAAAUUCUAGCUUGAGAUCAUCUUUUCCAACUUCGGAGGCUUGUCGUUCUGAUUCUGACAGAUUUCAGCGGAGAUCUCAACGUAUUAUCCAACGGAAGGAGUUCCAAAUUCGGGAAAAUGUUGACAGGAGGCAAUCAUCAGGCUUGAAUUCUUCUAACAAUUUGGUGUCAGAUGAAAAGUCAAAUGUCAAUGGAAGGGGAAUGGGAACUUCUACAAGAAGUGGCUCUAAGAGAAGUAUCAUGCCCAGCAAAUCAUUGAAGCUAAUAGGUGAAUCAGAAAGUUCUUUCUCAGGUCCUGUUAGUUCUCAGGAGAUUGAUUCUGAAAGCAGAGCUGGGAAGGGAAAUGGAAAAGAAGCCUUAACCAACAGUAAGAAUAUCUUGCACUCUGGGGAGGGAAACCUGAAGAGGAAUGUUUCUGAUGAGGAUGUUGAUGCUCCCUUGCAAAGUGGGAUUGUGCGUGUUUUCAAACAAUCUGGCAUAGAAGCUCCCAGUGAUGAGGAUGACUUCAUUGAGGUGAGGUCAAAAAGGCAAAUGCUGAUUGAUCGGCGUGAACAGAGAGAGAAAGAAAUCAAGGCAAAGUCUGUGGUCACAAAGUUUCAGCCUCCACGAAAACCUCGUGCUACCCAAAGUACAGUGCCAUCAUCAAGAUCAAAUAAAAUUUCUACAUCAUUUGGUGGAGAAGCAUUAAUAAACACCCGCUCUGAUUUUGUUGUCUCUGCGAGACGAGGUUUAGCAGACAAGGAGAUAUCCACAGGGUUUACUAUUGUGGUGUCUCAGCCAUUGGCUCCAAUUGAUGCUCCUGCUGUAAAUAUGGAUACUCAGGCUGAUACAGGAUCCUGUACCGGAAAGUCCCUCCAAACAUGCUCUGCUUCUGUUGCAUCUAGCAGUGGAAAUGACCAUGGGCAAGGCCAAUUAUUUGACACCAAGGACAAAGUUAUGGAUACUUUUCAGGCAACUUUGGGUUCCUGGGGUAAUGAACGGAGUAAUCAACAGGUUAUGGCUUUAACGCAGACCCAACUUGAUGAGGCUAUGAGUCCUGCCCGAUUUGAUACAAAUGUUGCCUCUCUGGGAGGUCAUAGUAGCUCAGUUAGUGAGCCUAUCUUGCCGCCAUCAUCCAUCUCUAUUAGAGACAAAUCAUUUUCUUCCACAGCAAGCCCAAUCAACUCUCUGCUUGCAGGGGAGAAAAUUCAAUUUGGUGCAGUUACAUCCCCAACAGUUCUCCCUCCAAGUAGCCGUGCUGUUACACAUAGGAUUGGAUCUCCAGGUUUUUCUCGGUCUGACAUCCAAAUCUCUCCCAAUAUUGCCACGGCUGAUAGUGACUGUACUCUUUUCUUUGAAAAAGAUAAGCUCCCCAAUGAAUCUUGUGUCCAUUUAGAAGAUCAUGAGGCUGAAGCUGAAGCAGCUGCUUCAGCUGUGGCUGUUGCCGCCAUUAGUAGUGAUGAGAUAGUGGGGAAUGGGUUGGGCUCUGUUUCUGUCUCGAAUACCAAAAGCUUUGGUGGUGCGGGUAUUGAUGGAAUUACAGGAGGUGUGGCUAGUGAUCGGCAAUUAGGAAAUCAAUUGAGGGAUGGAGAAUCUUUAAGUGUAUCUCUUCCAGCUGAUCUCUCUGUUGAAACUCCACCAAUGUCCUUAUGGCCACCUUUACCAAGUCCGCAGAAUUCUUCAAGCCAGAUACUUUCUCAUUUCCCUGGAGGACCACCUUCCCACUUUCCUUUCUACGAGAUGAAUCACUUGUUGGGGGGUCCUAUCUUUGCUUUUGGUCCACAUGAAGAAUCUGCUGGUACCCAAUUACAGUCCCAAAAGAGUAAUGCAUCAUGUCCAGGGCCUCUUGGGACAUGGCAACAAUGCCAUUCCACUGUGGACUCAUUUUAUGGUCCUACCACAGGAUUCACUGGUCCCUUCAUUAGUCCGCCUGGAGGAGGUAUUCAAGGCCCCCCACACAUGGUGGUCUAUAAUCAUUUUGCACCAGUUGGUCAGUUUGGGCAGGUUGGUUUAAGUUACAUGGGUACUACUUAUAUCCCAUCUGGAAAACAACCUGAUUGGGAGCACAACCCUGCAUCGUCUGCUAUAGGCAUUGGUGAGCGAAGCAUGAAUAAUAUGAAUACAGCUUCUCCACAGCGCAAUCCUCCAAACAUGUCUGCUCCUGUCCAGCAUCUUACCCCUGGAUCACCACUCCUGCCCAUGGCUGCCCCUUUGGCCAUGUUUGAUAUGUCUCCAUUCCAGUCUGCUUCUGACAUUUCAGCCCAAGCUCGCUGGUCUCAUGUUCCUGGAUCACCUCUACACUCUGUUCCUCUUUCACUGCCAUUGCAGGAACCGACAGAUGUUGUACUGCCUUCUCAAUUCAGCCAUGGACACCCUGUUGACCAUUCAUCAGCUACUAAUAGGUUCUCGGAUUCUCGAACUUCAACACCAUCUGACAAGGACCAGGGGUUUCCUGUGGCUACAGAUGCAUCUGUUACCCAGUUUCGUGAUGAACUAGGGUUAGUAGAUUCAUCGUGCUCCAUUAAUGCUGGGGCAUCCAUUAGUGCCGUCAAUCAAAGCUCUUGUGGAAGUGGUAUUGCAGAUGCUGGCCAGAAUGGCAGUGGCAACAACAGUAAAGACCAGGGCCCUAAUGCUUCGAAUACUCGUCCUUCCCAGCAGAAGAAUUUGUCUGCCCAGCAUUAUAGGCACUCGGGCUACAAUCAUCAGAGAGGAGGUGUGGUAUCUCAAAAGAACAGUUCAGGGGGUGAAUGGUCCCACCGCAGAAUGGGGUUUCAUGGAAGGAACCUGUCUCUGGGUUCCGAAAGAGGCUUUCCUCCUUCGAAAACAAAGCAGGUAUAUGUUGCUAAACAGACCAUAAGUGGGACUUCGACAACAGGAUGAGCAAAGAAAAUAGUCUUUCAAGGAUAUGGAAAGAAAGAGAGCAUGACUGAAGUAUUACUACACAACUUUAACAUUCAUGGCUAGCGUUGGAAGCAUCUGCUUCAUUUAUAGGGCAUACAUUUAUCGAGUGUCGGGUUUGUUUUUGUGUUGACCUGUAUUUAUGGGGUAGCUAAGUUGGUUUCUUAAUUGAAGUUGUAGACCUGGUCCAUGUUGCUUUACCCAGUGUUCAGUUUGGAGGCAAUGGAUUUAUCAUGCUGGAAGAGUGGAGGGGCUGCUGGAUGCUUUCUGAAAUGGAGCUAGUGUGUAACUGGGUUAUUGCCCAUCCUUCUGUUAUUUUUCGCUUGGGUUUAUUGAUGUGUGGGGAAUGUAAGGAUCCAGCAUGUGAAAUUUUUGUUCCUAGUAAUGGUAAGUGUGGAGAAUCAGUCUCCUUUU